GCGGGGACAGAAAGUUUGGGGUGAUGACGGAUGAGGGUCGUCGGACAAGUUUGGUGGCUGGGAUUCUGGAGUGAGGGGAGUGGCCGCUUCCUAGCAGAGCUGGGUGUGUACAGUACAGUCUGGAGUGAGUGCUACCGAGGAGCAGACAGAGGGGAGAGCUUCUGGAAAUUCCAUUUCCGUGUAUUUGAUUGGAGGAUGGUGUGUGUGAGGGGGGCACCGACACUAGACUGAAUUUUCUCAUGAGACUUUCAAAUGUUCUUCAUCGAGUUUUGUCAGCAUGCGGUUAUAUUAAUCUCCAGUUAUGGCACACCAACCUAUGUCUUCUAUUCAGUUACUUCUUAAAAGUCGGGAAACAUUAGUUAAAUCUAUCAAGAACAUUAAGUGCUUGCUUGAAAAUUUGAGAAACUAUGGAUACUUUUCAGAAGAAGAUGCUGAAUUUGUGCUGCAGUGUGGAACACAGGCGGAUAAGGUUCGUCAGAUUCUUGAUCUUGUGGAGAAUAAGGGGGAGGAAGCAGCCGAGUAUUUUAUAUACAUCCUUCAGAAGGUCCCAGAGGCUUAUUUUGAUCUUAUUCCUUGGCUAAAGGAGAUUGCUUUUCAAGCUUCAGAGCAAGUGAAGUGUUUACCUGUUAAGAACAACGACCCUGUAUCACUAUACAGCAGAAAACUCAAACAGGAAUUGUGCUGUGAUUCAAAGUUCAUAAAGUCCUACACUCAGAAAGAAGAGAUGAUGCUUCAGGAAACAUAUGUUGAUGGAGUCAUGGAACUAAUAAAUGCUAAGAAUGAAACUAUGGGCCGUUUAGGAGGUUUAAAUUCAUUGUUUGAUGACACUGGGGUGAUCAAUGAGCUUGGCGAAACCAUUUUCAUCUUUGGUGAUGCUGGUAUGGGAAAGACUCUUUUGAUUCAGAAAAUGCAAAACAUGUGGGCCAAAGGACACUCCUUUUGCAAUAUAAAAUUCUUUUUUAGGUUUCGAUGCCGGACAUUUAUCUUUUUUACAUCCAGCGCUGAGCUGUGUUUGAAGGACCUGAUCUUCAGAUAUUGUUGCAGGCCAGACAAUGAUGCAGAAGAAGUGUUUCGAUAUAUUUGUAAGUUUCCAGAGACUGUAUUGUUUACAUUUGAUGGCUAUGAUGAGAUUCAUUCAAGUUUUGACAUAAACGGUGUCCCUGAGGUUUCAUCACCCAUUGAUGCUACCCACCCUGCUGCAUUACUCUUGCACUUACUAAGCGGCAAGUUGCUAAAAGGAUCAAAAAAAGUCCUGACAGCAAGGACGGGAUGUCCGAUAUCUGCAAACUUUGUCCGUAAGAAAAUCAUGCUGCGUGGCUUUUCUACUGAUAACCUGGUUGAGUACACUGCCUUGUUUUUCAAAGAGGCCAAUGUCCGUCAGUGUGUGUUAAACCAUUUGCAGGCCAACCACAAUUUCAGCAGCUUAUGUUCAAUCCCUUUAUUUUGCUGGAUAAUAUUUAAGUCUUAUCAACACUUUCAUUCCAUGAAUGAGGAUCAUGAGUUUUCAGGCAGUUCAGUGACACUUACGGACAUCUUUCUACUAAUAAUUGAAGUUUAUUUAAAUGUAUCAACUAAAGGAAAAACAGUAAGCCGACUUGAAGCCUUUACAGGUGGUAAGGACACUUUGUUGUCUAUUGGACGGCUUGCCUACAAUGGAAUGGAAAAAUCAGUCUUUAUUUUUGACCAAGAGUAUAUUGCAUCAAAUCGCAUUCUUGAGAAGGAUCUUCAGCUGGGCUUCCUCAGGCCUGUGGAACACUAUAGUGGAUGUGGUGACAGUGCUUCGUUUGAAUUUUUUCAUAUGACACUGCAGUCCUUUUUUACAGCCUUAUGUCUUGUCAUUGAUGAUCGAAGUAGUACUACAGAUCUUCUAAAAUAUUUCCAUCAUUGUAAACACCUAAAAAUUGAGGAAGACCGUCCUUCCCUGCUUUCCUGUGUUUGUGCAAGUAAAGAAAAACGGAGCGAUCCCUUUACAAAUAAGGACCACUUCCAAUUUGUUAAUCUUUUUCUUUGUGGACUGCUUUCAAAACCAAAACAAAACCUUUUAAAGUGCUUAGUACCAGAGUCUGUCUUAAAGAAGAAGAGAAAAGCUCUAAAACAACACCUCUUCAAAAGCGUCAAAUCUCACCUGAAAAAACUUCCCAGAGCACCAUUUUUAGAGUUCAGUCGGGUUCACGCACUGCCUCACUUCAUCUGGAUGGUGAGAUGCAUAAGUGAGACACAGAAUGAGAAGGUGGGGAAGCUGGCAGCCAAAGGAAUAUGUGCAGAUUACAUAAAACUCAGUUUUUGUGAUGCAUCCUCAUCGGAUUGUGGAGCAAUCUCCUUUGUGUUGAACUAUUACAAGAAACAAUUUGCUUUGGAGUUGGAUAAUAACAAUAUAAAUGAUUAUGGGGUCAAAGAGCUUAUACCAUGCUUCAAUAAACUUCUUGUUAUCAGGCUCAGUGUCAAUCAGAUUGGAGACGAGGGUGUAAAAGUAUUAGCUGAAGAAUUAACCAAGUAUAAGAUCAUUCGAUUUCUUGGUUUGUACAAAAAUCUUAUCACUGAUUUGGGAGCUAGGCAUGUGGCACGAAUCAUGGAAGAAUGCCCCAGUCUGAGACAUAUCAAGCUCGGGUACAAUCAGUUUACUGCUGUUGGAGGUAUAUGUAUUGGACGGGCUUUACAAAGGAACACCAAUAUUCGUGACAUUGGGAUGUGGGGGAAUCGCAUUGGAGAUGAAGGGGCACAGGCGUUUGCAGAGGCUUUGAGGAAUCACCCAAAUCUGACAGAUUUAAGUUUGACCUUCAAUGAAAUUUCCACUUCUGGAGGGAUAAGCAUCGCUGAUGCAUUACAAGAAAACAAAUCUCUUAAAGUAGUUUGGAUUUUGCAGAACCAAUUCAAUGAUGAGGUAGCGGAACAUUUUGCUCGAAUGCUAAGAGUGAACAAGACGCUUCAAAAUCUGUGGCUACAGAAUAACAACAUCACAAAUCAUGGAGCCAAUCUGUUAACUGAAGCACUAGAUGAUAACAUUAAUCUGGAGGAAAUUUGUUUACAAGGCAACCCACUGACACCAGGUGAAAAUGAACCCUUUGAAAGAAACGCAAGAAUACGCAUUAAUUGACCAGUGCCUUGGAAGAACUUUAGUACAUUAUCGUAAAACGGGUGCAGAGGAAAGUGGCACCACUAAGGACUGUUACAUUUAGCUUAUCUUGUAGUCGGCCCUUUGAAGGGGUACUUCAUAGACAGGCUUAGCCUGUAUAUACUAGCAAGCUGUGAUUUAUCAGUUACGUGGCAAUAUUACUUUUAUUUUGCAGCAGGUUCCAGUCAAGCUGCAUACAUACAUCUGAUGUGCAGGCACAAUCUGACGUCCAAGUUGCCUAUUUGUAAUAGUGAAUAUGCAUGCUCACACCUCUGAAAGAGAGGGGGUAGUGCAGAGCAGACAACACUGGUGCUGACUAACCAUAUUUCAGGCAAAAACAGUGGUAAUCUGAUGGCUAGAAAAAUCCAACCCAACCAGUCUAUGAACCCUAAGUAGGCAGGUUGAUAUAUGGGGAGGUAGGGGUGUGUGUACAGACAAAGUUAUUGUUUGAAGGAUCAGAUUAUCACAUUUUCCUCUAAGAAAGCCUUACUUUCAACCACAAGAAUUAGAACUAAACAAAAGUUCAGCUAUAGCAGCCAGCAAUGAUUAUUAUAUUCUGCUGGUGAAGAAGGCUUCUCCCCACUCCCUAACCAGUAGAACACUAUGGGCUAGAUUCAGGUACGAUUUACGCUGGCGUAUCUAUUGAUACGCUGAGUAAGUUAAAAGUU